AUGUCAGGCCGGAGCGCGUAUGUGCGCAAGGAGAAGACGAGGACGAAGGAGGCGAGCACCCCGGCCAGCGAAGGCGAGAAGCAGCUCCCAGAUAAGCUUCUGGGUGUGGGCGACUCUCAGUCCUCCCUGCCCAGUGGCCGACAGCUGCCCCAACAUAUGCCCGAGGUGCCGUUUCGCAGCCAGAACAAUGAGAUCUCGACGACCCAGACGAACGGCUCGAAUGGGUCCGACGACCUUGCAUAUGCGCGGGUCCGCAAGCCGCACAUCCCCAUUAUUGACAUCUCGGGCAUUGAGAAGUCCUCGUUUAGGACUGCGAUGGAUAGGAAGAGCGAGGAAGCCAGGAAGGGGUUGAGUAGCUUGUUCCGUAAGAAAAACAAGAAGGGCGACGACACUGUCAACAGAGGAAGCGAGCCUGACUACCGACCAUUUACCGCUGGGGCCACGGCGCGUGCCGAUUCGGACGAGCUAGACUCAGCUGCCUCAGCUGCCUCCUCCGUAAUGCCCAGGAAGGCCCGGUCUCAACACCUUUAUGAUGCCGGAUCCACGCCCUCUUUUACAGGAGAACCUCCACCCGUUCCUCCUCGGGGCCCGCAAUUGAGCCGAUGGAUGGGGCAUGGGAGACCAGUAAAGCCUUGGAACAAGCUCCGAAAGGACCCAGAGCUCUGGGACCCCAAUGGCGAUACGCUGAUUUUCUUCGGCCAUGAAGGACAGUCUCAGAAAGGCCCGCCCUCGUUCCGGCUCUCGUCCUCUGUCCUCGAACAGACCGAGUCGAGAUUCCUCGUCAGUCUACUACGCGAAGGAUCUAUCGACGACGGGAACAACUUCGGUAUGCCACCCUCCCCAAACAGCUCGCCUGGCAUGAGACAAUCUCUGGUGAUCCAGGAAGAAAGACCGCGGCACCCGACACCUCCCAUGUCGGAAGGCAGCAUUUGUGGCCCCGGAGGAGUACCUGACGGCCAGAUCUCCUAUGAAAUCUUCUUCCCGAUUCCAAGAGACGCGACCAUAAUCGAAAUCCUGCGCCACCAAGUCACGACCCGAAACGUCUUCGCGCUUCUGUAUCAAGCUUCGCUGGCUGGUUUGAACCUGUACCAGGCCUUGAAUGAUCUCCACCAACGGCUGGAGCUGUACAUGCCCGACGAGAUGGAUGCAGCGGGCAUGUUGAUCGAUUAUGUUGUGAGCAAAGGACUCGACGACGUACGCAAUGAUCCCGCGACCGCAGCUGCACUGCUGGCCUGGAGCGAACGUAGCCAUGUACGCUGGGAAGAGGGGUGGAGAGAGGCGUACGUCCACAGUUGUGGCAUGUAUUACCGACUGGAAAACUCCCCAGACUUCCACAACAUCUCUCCCAUCACCCGGGCACUACUCGAGAGAGCCAGCUUAGAUGUCCACGAACGAGUACAGAGUUGCGAGGCCAGAUUCGCCGACUUUGAUUUUGGAGACAUGUGGCCCGUGAUGAGUUCACAUCCUCCGCCAGCUCGGGCUGCUUUCGUACGUCUCCGCAAGUUCUUCCACCAGCAUUACACGGCCGCCUAUACGCAGUGGCCACCUGCGCAGCGCGAGGGGUUCGAACAAUGGCUCACCCGGGAUCUAGUUCAGGAGCUACAGAAAGACUUUGGCGCUCUGUACGACUAUCUGGUGAAUCGCGAAGUCGUCUGGGACUGUGUCGAAGAACGCAGCGGCCGAAAAUGGAACAUCGUCCACCCAGCCAACCGAGGAUUUGAUGCCGACUCGCCCGAUCUCCCCUUCACGGACAUCCUCGUCGCCUUCGACAACCGGAACAAAUUCCCACACAUCCCCCAUCCUUACCCGUUGGUUCCAGAAUCCAUCCCGAUCCGCUCGGACGUCAAGGAGAAUUUCUACAGAGCUAGCAAGAAAUCCAACAAACCUGCCGAAGAUAAAAUGGCCGAGCGCAAAGCCGCUCUCGCCUACACGGAAUCAACAAACAUCUACCUCCUCGGCUCAGACUUCGUCCACAACGACCUCGUCGAAGCUUUUGUGCGCUUCGAAAAGAACGACUGCGCAGGGGUCAUUGAUCCGUACGCCGCCCGUCGCGGGCGCUGGAUUCUCAUUUACGGCAUCCUGCAGACGCUGGCCUCCAUUUCGGUGGACACCCCUAACCUCCGAUAUACUUCCGAUGUCUCGUACCACCUGAACCCGCGGCUGCGCGGCACACCGCCGUGGAAAGGGGCGAAUCAGAAUAUGGUGGAGGCAAGCCAUGUCGGCAGCCAUUGCUGGACUGUGCGUGACAGCUGGCAGCCGGAAGUCGCGGCUGCGGGGGUCAAGCGAGUGACGCUGGGUACGACGAGUAAGCGCUCGAGUGCGCUCUCGAUUACAUCUAGUGACGCGGGAUCGUUGAUGCGCACUGCUUCCGGCUCCGUCUCACGUCGAUCCUCCGUCGGCCGCAGAAGCAAUGGGCGGAGAGAAAACAACGAUACAAGCUACUCUGGCUAUGCUCCAGACGAGUGGCCGAUACUAGAGGAGAGUAGUAGGGAGCGUGACCGCAGUAGAAUUCGACCCAAUAUGGAGUAUGCACACCGUUCCGCCGUGGGGAGGAAGAGACAUUCGAUUUUCCCAAAUCCGCCGAGCUACACGAGUGAAGAUAGGGUGGAGUAUACGAUGCGGACGAGGGAGCAGAAGGAGCCAUUUCCACUGCCACAGACGGAUCCGAACUAUCUCAUCAGGGAUUUUGAUGAUGACAGUCUUGGGGGCGAAUUGUGA